UUUAUCGUAAAAAGUUUAACUUUUUCUAAAAUAUCAAAAAUUACUAUAUUUUAAAACAAAUAUAUAUUUCAUCGUUAAUUAGUUUAGCUUAUUUAAUGUCGUGGCGUAAUUAUUAAUUGUUGAGCAUUAACCGGAAGGAAAUUGGGCGAGUGGAAGGUUAUCCAAGAUGAGCUUCCUCUUUGGAACUCGUACUGCGAAGACAUUCAAACCCAAAAAGCAUAUCCCUGAAGGAACGCACCAAUAUGACCUGAUGAAACAUGCGGCAGCCACCUUGGGCAGUGGAAAUCUUCGAUUAGCAGUGAUGCUGCCAGAAGGCGAGGAUCUCAAUGAGUGGAUUGCUGUUAAUACUGUCGAUUUUUUCAACCAAAUCAACAUGCUGUACGGAACCAUUACCGAAUUUUGUACAGAAGAUUCCUGCCCUGUGAUGGCUGCCGGACCAAAGUACGAAUAUCACUGGGCAGAUGGUCAAGUCGUGAAGAAACCGAUAAAGUGCUCUGCCCCAAAGUAUAUAGAUUACUUAAUGACCUGGGUGCAAGACCAGCUAGACGACGAGUGCCUGUUUCCAUCCAAAAUUGGUGUCCCAUUUCCCAAGAAUUUUGUCCUGAUUGCCAAAACAAUCUUAAAACGACUAUUCCGCGUCUACGCCCACAUUUAUCACCAACAUUUCGUCGAAGUCGUCCAACUCGGGGAAGAAGCCCAUCUCAACACAUCGUUCAAACAUUUCAUUUUCUUUGUGCAAGAGUUUUCUUUAAUCGAGAGAAAAGAACUGGCUCCGUUACAGGAACUAAUUGAGAAAUUGACUUGCAAUAAGUAAACCCUGUGCCUUGAUAAUCGUUACGUUUUUAACUUUUUUUUUGUUUUUGACAAAUAAAAUUUACUAAUAGCAAUAAUAACCUUA